CUGGACGGGAGGAUGGACGGGAGGAUGAACGGAAAGGGGGCCGCUGGUGGCCGGUGAAGUUUUGGAUUCGGUACGUCAGCCUCCAGCGCAGACUUGUAUGUGAGCAAUUGGGGUUUCUGUAGAAGUACUCCAGCACCGCACCGCAUCGCACCGCAUAGCACAGUCCACCCUGGCGCCCCCUCCUGCCCUUCCCGUCCAGUGCCAGCACCGUUGUUUCCGACAGCAUUAAUAAUCCGGGAUUCCUUUCAACCCCCGUGUCUACGUGCCGACACACAUCGUCGAUACCAAGGUCAAUCCCACCGUGCAGACACAUAGUGCAGCUGGGUUCUUGCAUCCUGGACGCAGAAAAACCACUCUGGCCCUUCCCUCCCCAACAGGCGGCCUGCAUCUGAGGAAGCUGAAGCUCGGAGCUCGAGAAGCACUGGCAUAGAUCGAAACAACACAGCCACAGCAAAACAUGGCCGACGAAGGCAACAGCAGCUGCAACGCCAGCGGCGAGGAACACCAUACACCCCACGAUGAGACCUGCGAAAUACCGAAAACACACCAGAUCUCUAACGACAUUGCAGUCCACGCGGUGCCUGUGAGUGAACCGCUUUCGGCACACACACAGGACCUCCUGUCGUUCAGGUUGAGAAUGAGUCCGAACGAAAUCACGUCGGCGUCGGGUGCGUUGGCAGGGUUCUUGUCUGGCCUGGUGGUGUGCCCCUUGGACGUUGCGAAAACUAGAUUCCAAGCGCAGGGAGCAUAUCUGCGAAGCAACUCCAGCAACAGCAACAUCACCCCGAAGUACAAAGGUGCGUUCCAGUCGAUGCGCUUGAUAUGGCACGAGGAAGGUGUCCGAGGCUUGUACAGAGGUGUCGUGCCGAUCACAUUGGGCUACUUCCCAACAUGGAUGAUCUACUUCUCCUGCUACGAACACUUCAAAAAGUUCUACACGAACCUUACCCACGACGAGAACAUCAGCUACUUUGCCAGUGCAAUUUCGUCCGGUGCAAUCUCCUCCACCGCAACGAACCCGAUCUGGGUGGUGAAAACUAGAUUGAUGCUGCAGAUGGACAAUGGAAAGACAAUAUACGAUACCUUUUUGGAAAACGACAUCAAAAACAACAAAAUAGACCCCAACACAGCUAAAACCGCCACCAUACCGAAAAAGGGGGACUGGUACACAGGCACUUUUGACGCAUUCAGGAAAAUGUACAAACAUGAAGGUAUUGGAGUUUUCUAUAAAGGUCUACUUCCUUCAUAUUUCGGAUUGUGCCAUGUGGCGAUCCAAUUCCCCUUGUACGAGAAUUUCAAGAAGAUGUUUAAGAUUGACAGCGACAAAAGCGAAAACGUCUUGGAAUCCCCUUCGCUAUCCAAGAAGGCUGCAAAUUUCGUCAAGUUCAUUCUUGCCUCCUCGCUUUCCAAAAUGAUUGCGAGCGGGAUAACAUAUCCACACGAGCUAGUCAGAACCAGACUACAAUUGUUCUCGAACAGCAACCAGAUCCUGAAUGAGUCCCAAGUGAGCGGUUUGAUUAGGGUGAUCAAGACAAUCAUCAAAAAUGAGGGUUUUAGCGGCUUCUACAGUGGGUUCGUUAUAAAUUUGGCCAGAACCGUUCCAGCAAGUGCUGUUACCAUGGUUUCGUUUGAAUAUUUUAGGGAAUAUUUUCAACGUUUCGGAUACUAAUUUCGGCAACUUCCACUCAUUCAUUCACUUCCACAUAUCCACCUCAAACUAUGUUCAUAUCCAGUCAUACCUAUCUUUAUAUAUUUGUUAUUUAUUAUGUAUUAUGAUUUGUUUCCUUCUUCCUUCCUCUUGUUCAAUUUUUACAUUGUUCUUGUUUUCUCACUUCCUCCUGUUCACUCUCUUUUCAAAUACUAUUUUAGACACACAUUCUCAACAUUACAACCU